CCUGUCAGAUUAAGCAAAAGAAAAUGAACGCCAUCUUGUAAUUUAUUUCGUUUGUGUCCACACAUUUUUAAGCGGUGUAUUUUGUGCUUUGGAGAACAAUAAACACUGCAACAUAAAAUAUCAACAAAUACUCAUGACUUCGAAAGACUUUUAUAAGAAAAAACGCUGUGAUUUUUUACUUAAACGAUAAUAAUGGAAAGACGGGAAGCUUCUAUAAUUCCGGAGGGCGUAGACAGAGACCUAGAAGAUUGUCAGGACAAUGAAGUCCUCGUUCAAAUGCUACCGGAAUCCGGUUUAAUCAGUAUUAAUAUCAUAUGCAGAUUGUGUGCAAAUCCGAACGAACGAAUUAUUGGAAUAUACAGCGAGGAGGGAAUCUCGAACGAUCUAGCGAAUAAGAUGAACACGUAUUUGCCGAUUAAAGUUUCUGAAGCCGAUCAUUUGCCACUUCAGUGCUGCUGGAGUUGUGCGUCGACGGUAUUGGCGUGGCACGAGUUGGUCGUCGCUAGCGUAGAGGCAGAUAGAAGGUUGAGGGAGUUGCAGUCGGUCGAGGAUAAGCAGAUUGUUAUAGCGGACGACUGCAGUUGCAUUGAAGAUCCAAAUAGUCCAUGUACGAAUGAUGUUACGAUUUCCUUGGAUGCUGAAAAAGAUAGGUUAGAGCUGAAGUCGGUCGCUGCAAGUCUGACUGUUUUCUGCCAAGAGUCUACCCCUACUUCCGACGCCCCAACGGCAACUAUUACAGAAAAAAGUUCGGCGAAACAGAAAAAAUCGACAAUUUUAUAUCCACCAUUGUCCGAUAUUAAAAAGGAAGAGUGGAUACAGUGCAAUGUCAUAACGGAUGAAUCUCUUCAAAAUUACAUUGAAACCAUUCAAAAUCCGUACAUGGAGCCUAGGGGAACAGAAGAGAGUGCAAUAUCUAAAAUUAUAACAAAUGAAAGAAGAAAUACCAACGAUAAACCGAUUGAACCUGGUAAAGACGACGAAGUGGUACUUAAUGAAGAACUAUUUGUCGAAGAGCCACAGUUCGUAGAUGAAGACAAAAAAUCUUUAACCUUCGGAAGUGAUGGCAUCGAAGACCAGGAACAGUCAUUGGAAGAAGGUUACAGUUUCUCAUGCCAGUAUUGUUCGUUAAUGUUUGUAACCGAAGAAGACAUAAUGAAUCAUGUCAAUGUCGAGCAUGCAGAUAAAGAGCACGAUUUUUCCGAUGGUCUGUCGGAGAAAACCAAGAAAGAACGUCGAAAAAAUACAAAACUGGACCAAGAUGCGGUCAAUGCGGCCAAGGUCGUUGUCGAAGGUCGAGUUUACUACAACUGUAAAAUUUGCGGGAAAAGUCUGCACUCGCCAUAUACGUACGUGUGGCAUAUGCGAAUUCACACGGGCGAAAGACCGUACGUGUGCGAUUUGUGUGGAAAGCAAUUUCGUGUAUCUCAAGGCCUAGUGAGACAUUUAAGGGAAACGCACGAAGGCAUCAAAAAUUUCGGUUGCGAUAUCUGCGGGCGCAUGUUUGCGACACGCCGCAACGUGGAAGAGCACAGGAGGAUACACACGAACGAGCGACCGUAUAUCUGUGAUUUGUGCGGCAAAAGUUUCAAGCAGAAGGCCUCGCUGUUUGUGCACAAUCGGUCGCAUUCGGAUUUAUUUCCGUUUCGUUGCAGUUACUGCAAUCAAGGUUUUCGUACUCGACCGCCUUUAUUAAUACACGUCACCCGACAUACGGGUGAAAAGCCGUAUCCUUGUGAUAUUUGUGGUAGGCGUUUUAGAAUUAAGUACGAGCUCAAGCGACAUAAACUUAUUCAUUCCGAGGAGAAACCAUUUUCGUGUUUGGACUGCGGUUUAAGCUUUCGGCAGAAAAGAUAUUUGAGAAACCAUAAUAAAAUCAAUCACGAUCGACCAACCCCGGAUAUUUCUAGUAGUUUUAAACGCCAAUUGGGAAACAUAGAUCACUCACGCAGUAUCAUACUUCAUGUAAAAGUCAAAGACUCACAGUGGAUGUACGAAUGCAAAAGAGAAACGUUUGAAGCAGUUAAAGAUGAGGAAUAUUUCAGUUGUACCAUUUGUAAUAAAAAAUUUGAAGCAGAAGACAAUCUAAAUAUACACUAUUCAUUGGUGCACGACAAUAAAAAACGGCGAGAAUCAAAACAAUUUGUAUGUUACAUUUGUGAGGUAAGUUACAAACGGAAAUCGAACAUAAUCAAGCACAUCAAGAGUGAACAUUCGGCGAUUCAGUUGGGAAACACGGAGCCGCUAGAGAAUAUUUUAAGGUCAUUUGAAAAGUGCACUGUUUGUAACAAAGCUUUCGAAAAGAGGUCAUCUUUGUGUAAGCAUAUGCGAGACGAGCACGGUGAGAAAAAGCCCCGUACUAGGCGCAAUAAAAGUGAUAUAGUCGCGGAGCAUUUCUGCGAUGUUUGCCGUAAAGGGUUUACAAGAAAGUUUGACAUGCAAAAGCACAGAAAACUCAAACACCCGACCGCUCCGACAAUUGAAACGAUGCCUACCGAGCAGCAGAAAACCUCGCAACUUUUGAAACGCUGCCAGGUACCUGGCGGUGAUAAUAAAACUUAUUACAAAUGCGAGAUUUGCGGAAAAUUAUUUAGGCAAUCCUAUAAUUUCGUCCGUCACCAGACGGUCCAUACGGGUGUGCGCGCGUUUUUUUGCCACAUUUGUGGAAAAAACUUUCGUGUGUCUGGAGGUUUACAUCGUCACAUUACCGAGCAUCAUUACGGCGUGAAGAAGUACCAUUGCGAUAUUUGCGGGAGAGGUUUCGCCGCUAAAGCGACAAGAGACGACCAUAGAAACAUUCACACGAACGAUCGUCCGUUUAUCUGCGAUAUUUGUGGUAAAGCGUUUAGACAAAAGGCGUCGUUACACAUUCAUAAGCUUUUCCACGGUAACAAUUACAGAUUCUCUUGUAGUGAAUGUGACAAGAAGUUUCGGAGAGCGUCGGAGUUAAAAGUGCAUUCAUGGGUACAUACCGGAUAUAAACCGCAUCAGUGUAAAAUUUGUGAGGCGAAGUUUAGACUUAGUCAGGACUUAAAGCGUCAUGUAAAAAUUCAUAACAAAUUGAGCGAGUGUGUUUGUACGGAAUGCGGAUCCACCUUUAGCCAGGAGAGGUAUUUAAAAAAUCAUAAAAAGACACAUUUAGUAAAAAGUGUUUUUCCGUAAACUUUAAAAACGUAACUCCUACAUUUCCUAUCAACGAGUUCAUGUUUUCGUCUACAGGUAUAAAAAUUCACAAUGGAUGCUUGUUACAUAUAGAAAUAUACCUAGGUAAGUAAAUAUGCGUUUAGAAACCAUGUACAGCGAACUUUAUAAGAAAUUAAAUUUUUAAUGGACUA